AUGUUUCAUUAUCUUUUUCAGUUGAACGUCUCAUAUCCCUCUACGGGAGCCCAAAAAACAUUUGAGGUGGUCGAUGACCACAAAUUGCGUAUGUUCUAUGAUAAACGUAUCGGCGCUGAAGUUGAAGCUGAUCAUUUAGGUGAUGAAUGGAAGGGUUACAUCUUCCGUGUAGCUGGUGGAAACGAUAAACAAGGUUUUCCCAUGAAACAGGGUGUUUUGACUAACACUCGUGUUCGUUUGCUUUUGAAGAAAGGACAUUCUUGCUAUCGUCCACGUCGAACUGGUGAACGUAAACGAAAAUCCGUUCGUGGAUGUAUUGUUGAUCAAAAUUUGUCAGCUCUCGCCUUGAUUGUCAUUCGUAAAGGUGAGCAGGAAGUUCCUGGAUUAACUGACAUCAACGUUCCACGUCGUCUCGGUCCAAAACGCGCUAGCCACAUUCGCAAACUCUUCAAUCUUACAAAAGAAGAUGAUGUUCGCAAGUACGUUAUCAAACGACCAUUGCCAUUGAAAGAAGGCAAGAAACAACGCUUCCAAGCACCCAAAAUCCAACGCUUGGUCACACCAGUUGUAUUACAACGUAAGAGACACCGUUUAGCAUUGAAGAAGAAGCGUGUUGAAUCACGCAAAGAAGCUGAAGCUGAAUAUGCUAAGCUCUUAGCACAACGUAGACGUGAUGAAAAACUUCGUCGUCGUACCAGAUCAGCAUCAAUUCGUGAGUCAAAGAGCUCAAUCUCAUCUGACAAAGAUAAGAAGGAGGUCAAGAAACCCGAAGUUAAGAAAGCUGAACCAGCCAAGAAGGUUGUUGAUGCUAAGAAAGCUCCAGCACCAGCAAAGAAGGCAACAGACGCAAAGAAAGCUGUCGAAAAGAAACCAGAAGUAAAGAAGGCUGAUGCUAAGAAGACCGAAGCAAAAAAACCAGCUCCAGCUCCAGCAAAGAAAGCUGCAGCAGCACCUGAAAAGAAGGCUGAGGCUAAGAAAGCACCCGAGCCUGCAAAGAAAGCUGCUGCUGCUCCAGCCAAGGCUCCAGCAAAAAAACCAGCACCAACAAAGCCUAGCAGUGUUUUUUCCUUGUACAGAUCCUUAUCAGCUGAUGACUCUAAUAGGAUUGAAAACGUGGUAGAACCUGAGUAUGGUUUAAGUUCAAUGAAAUUGAAGAGAGAAGAAAAUGAAUUAGAAAAUGCUCAACUAAAAAUAAGGAAAUUAGAGGACCGAAUUUUGGAACUUGAAAAUAGAAUACCAAAGAAAUAUGAUGAAGUAAAGUUUCUAAAUUAUCAGAAUCGUAAAAGAAUCCUCAUUACUGGCGGUGCUGGUUUUGUUGGUUCACACUUGGUUGACCAUUUAAUGAGGAAAGGUCAUGAAGUGGUCGUGGCUGAUAACUUUUUCACUGGAAGAAAAAAUAAUGUUGCAGAUUGGAUAGGACAUGUAAAUUUUGAACUCAUUCAUCAUGACAUUGUCAAUCCAUUAUUCAUUGAGGUCGAUGAGAUUUAUCAUCUGGCGUCACCAGCAAGUCCUAUACACUACAUGUACAAUCCUGUAAAAACUAUCAAAACAAAUACUCUAGGAACGAUUAAUAUGCUUGGUCUUGCACGAAGAGUUGGUGCAAAGAUCCUCAUCGCAAGUACAAGUGAAGUUUAUGGUGAUCCCGAUGUCCACCCGCAACCAGAGACUUAUUGGGGUCAUGUCAAUCCUAUCGGACCAAGAGCAUGUUACGAUGAAGGAAAACGUGUUGCUGAAACUCUCAGUUAUGCAUACGCGAAACAAGAGAAAGUAAAUGUGAGAGUUGCACGAAUAUUUAACACUUACGGUCCACGAAUGCAUAUGAACGAUGGACGAGUUGUCGGAAAUUUCAUUUUGCAAGCACUGCGGAACGAACCAUUAACGGUUUAUGGUAAUGGAAAACAAACAAGAAGCUUCCAGUAUGUUAGUGAUUUAGUUGAUGGAUUAGUAGCAUUAAUGAACUCCAACUAUACUCAACCGGUGAAUCUUGGAAAUCCUCAAGAGCACACAAUUUUUGAAUUUGCUGAGAUUAUUCGUGACAUUAUAGGUUCUAAAAAUCCCAUUCUUGAAAUGCCUGCAGUAGAAGAUGACCCACAGCGAAGGAGGCCGGACAUAUCAAGAGCUAAGAAAGUACUGGGCUGGGAGCCUCGUGUUAGCUUGAAAGAAGGCUUAAAGAAAACAAUUGAAUAUUUUAAGAUGGAAUUAGAAACGCAAAAGCUUGAAUUUACUUCAACAAUUCUUUAUGAUCCCGCUCGUAAAAAGGAGCCAACAACACAGUAUCAAAAGGAACGUGAUAAAUGUCUAGCAACCUUCUCCAAUUGGAAUGACGAUGAGCAAGUUGAUUUCGUUGAGCAUCUUUUAUCGCAAAUGUGUCACUAUCAACAUGGCCACAUUAAUGCUUAUCUCAAACCAAUGUUGCAACGUGAUUUCAUCUCACUGUUACCGAAGAAAGGCUUAGAUCACGUGGCUGAUAAUAUUCUCUCUUAUUUGGAUGCUGACUCACUUUUUGCUGCCGAAUUAGUCUCGAAAGAAUGGAAUCGAGUGAUUUCCGAGGGAAUGUUGUGGAAGAAAUUAAUCGAAAGAAAAGGUGUUUAUUGUCUCCAAUAUGAUGAUAAUAAAAUUGUUUCCGGUUUACGUGAUAACACAAUUAAGAUUUGGGAUCGUCAUACACUUCAAUGUAACACGAUUCUCACCGGACAUACGGGAUCCGUUUUAUGUUUACAAUAUGAUGAUAAAGUUAUCAUCAGUGGCUCCAGCGAUUCAACCGUUCGAGUUUGGGAUGUGAAAACCGGUGAAAUGACAAACACAUUGAUUCAUCAUUGUGAAGCUGUUUUACAUUUACGGUUUAAUAAUGGGAUGAUGGUUACAUGUUCUAAAGAUCGAUCGAUUGCUGUUUGGGACAUGACAUCACCGAAAGAAAUAACAUUACGGCGUGUUCUUGUGGGGCAUCGUGCGGCUGUAAAUGUUGUUGACUUUGAUGAGAAAUAUAUUGUAUCAGCGUCUGGUGACCGAACAAUUAAAGUAUGGAGCACAUCAUCGUGUGAAUUUAUAAGGACAUUAAAUGGCCACAAACGUGGAAUUGCUUGUCUUCAAUAUCGUGAUCGUCUUGUUGUCAGCGGCAGUUCUGACAACUCGAUUCGUCUUUGGGAUAUUGAAUGCGGUGCUUGUUUACGUGUCCUUGAAGGUCACGAAGAAUUGGUUCGUUGCAUUCGUUUUGAUUCAAAGCGAAUUGUAAGUGGAGCAUAUGAUGGAAAGAUUAAAGUAUGGGAUUUAGUUGCUGCUAUGGAUCCAAGAGCACAGCCAAAUUCAUUAUGCAUCAAAACAUUAACUGAACAUACCGGACGAGUCUUUCGACUUCAGUUUGAUGAAUUCCAAAUUGUUAGCAGCUCGCACGAUGACACAAUUCUGAUAUGGGAUUUCUUAAACUAUUCCCAAGAUAAUCCAGAAGAAUUAUCAACCACCAUACGUAACAACAGCAGUGAUGCUCUGGUUAAUAGUUUGAACGGGUCUGGUGAUGCUGCGGGUAAUCGUAGUCCAUCACCAAUGGAAUAAAAAUGUGAUUCUUCUUUACGCUUUCAACUCUGAUUAAAGCGUCAUUUGCCGCGUAACAGUGCUUCUUAGUGUUUAAUUAUUUCCCCCUUCCGUUUUUCAUUUAAUUUAGAAUCGACACAAGCAUAAACACACAAAAUCUUCUUGUUCUUCUUCAAAUUGCUUUAAGUUUAAGAUGUUCAUACUUUUUGGCAUUAUUUAAAAUCAUGUAUUGACUGCUAAUAACAUAAGAAUUCCUUUUUUUAAUAUAAAGAUUAAGAUAAGAUUCUUCACAAUUCUGAUUUUUAUUCUAUUUUCAUUUUGUUUAGUUUUUAAUACAAACAAAAAGUUUAAAUAAUUAAAGACAAAGAAAAGAUGAGAGAGAAAGCGAGAUGAGGGAAGAAAAUAAGCAGACGUGACUUGAUGACAUUUAAAUAUUUGCAACAUUAAUAAAAAGAGCUUCUUUUUCUUUUUAUCUUCAUCUUUAUCUUCGUUUCUGUUUAUUAAUUAAAACGAUAGAAAAGAAAUGAUAAGAUUUAUCAUCCGGAACUAUAAAAAUAUGUAUGUCAGGUUGAUCUCUUCUGAAGUUUCAGAUAAUGAUGAAAUCUUAAGAUGACGAUAAAAGAAAGAAAACAAAUGUUACAAAUUAAAAUUAUAUCUAAUGAAAAGAGAGAUGAAAAGAAAAAUAUUAUCGAAUAACGAAUCAAGUUUGUGUGUUGUUGUUGUUGUGAGCUGACUUAAGUGAAAAGCGUUUAUGGUUGAAAAGAUUUAUAAAUGACGCAAUGUACUUAGAUCAUUUAAUAAAGUAAAAAAUUAAAACAAAAAAUGAUUAAUCUCCAUCGCUCAAGUCUUCAAUCAAAACAUCACAUUUGAAUCCUUUUAAGAAUUAUCUAACGAAUAGAAUCGAAAAAAAAUUAAACAAAAGAAAAAAAAUCAAAACAAAUUAAGAUGAAAAUUUCUAAAUGUAUUCUAUGUGGCAAAGAAAAAAAAUACAAAUUAUAAUUGUAAUUAAAAAUUCUUUGUAGUGAUUACUUGUAAACAUGACGAAGCUUCGUUACAAUUGUCCUUAGAUACAUUUUCAUGAUAAGCAAACAACAAAUGACAACAAAAAAAAGAUGAAAGAAAAGAAAAAUUAUAUUUGAAAUCUAUACAAAAAAAGAAACAAACUUUAAUGAGUCAAUAAAAUGGAUGAUUUAAGAUUGUAACACGACCAUCUUUGUGAUAAGAUAACACAUAAGACAAUUGGACAUUGUUAGUCAGUGCCGUGUCAAACAAUGUGGAAUAGAAAGAAUGAGAAAACUUUUGUAAAUGUAUUUAAUAUCAUUUUCUUUAUUUUUCAAUUUUCAUUCAUGUUUUUCUUUCUUUAAAUAUAUUUUAGUUUUAAAUACAAAGUUUGUUUAAUUAUUAUUUUUAAUAUUAUUAUUAACAUUUAGAUUCACUUUGAGCUCUUGGAGAUGCUUGAACAUCUUCUUUCUUCUUCAUUGUAAUCUCAUCUUUUUGAUUUUCAUUAAUAUUUAUUAUGAUAAAUCUUCUUUUAAGAACGUCACCUCCUACAACUUUAUUCUUUUAGUCAUAAAUGCCUUUUAGAUACUUUCACUAAAAUCAUAAUCAUUUCUGUAUGUAAUUAUUUAGUUUUUACAUUUUUAAACAAUAAAGCUUCUGUUUUUUUUUUCUUUUCGU